AUGCAAUACGGGAGAACGGAUAAUGCCUUGACUACGGCGAAGAUUAGCGGUAAGAGAACGAGUAGUGCUGCAUGUGAAUGGGACCUAAUGAUGAAUGUCAUAUUGAGAGUGUUCCAUUCCGGUCCAAGUUUGUUUCAAUGCGCUUUCUUUCAUGGCGAAUCAAGCAACAGCCGUCCAUCCGACAUCGUCCACGCUGCAUCGGUGGCGAACAAGUCGUCGAAAUGUCCACGACAGGGGCGAGCAAAACCUCGGAAGGAAUGUCGUUUCGCAUCCCUACUGAAAUUUCAUCCGAAAAAGCGGCACUAA